CGGUGUCCCACGAUGCAAUAGUAAGCUAGGAGCUAGCUACCACAUUUGACCCUGUGCCAUGAUGAACUAGACAUCCGGGCUGUGUGUAUGGAAGAUGGCGACACUUAUCCUCCCUGGUGAUUGGAUCAAAAACUGGGAAAAAUCGGGAAAACACGAGUUUGUACAACUGUGCAAGGAACUCACAGAGAAAACAGAUCAUGGCAGUGAGGUUAGAGAUAUCCAGGCUGCCUUAUACGAGCUCUGCUGGCAAGUUGUACAAGGGAACCUGAAGUUGGAUCUUGCUGCUAGCGUCCUUGGAGACAUGAUGGAACUCCGAGAUGACAUGCCAUCCAUUUUAGCAGAUGUUUUCAGUAUACUCGAUAUAGAGACAGGUGCACUGGAAGAAAAAAACAAACGUGACCAUUACACACAGCUGGUGGGAGCGUGUUUGUUUUUUCUUCCAGAGGCCAUUCUGAAAGAGAGGCUGGAUCCAGAAACCCUCGAGUCUCUUGGACUCAUAAAGCAAGCCCAUCAGUUCAACCAGAAGAUUGUAAAAAUCAAGACUAAGCUAUUUUACAAACAACAGAAGUUUAACUUGCUUAGGGAAGAGAAUGAGGGCUAUGCCAAGCUAAUCACUGAGCUGGGCCAAGACCUCUCAGGCAACAUCACCAGCCACCUCGUCCUUGAGAGCAUCAAAUCCCUGAUAGGCUGCUUCAACCUAGACCCAAAUCGCGUCUUGGACAUUAUCUUGGAGGUGUAUGAGGGUCGAUCUGACCAAGAUGAGUUCUUCCUGUCGCUCAUCAAGUCCUACAUGUGUGAACCACUCACCCUUUGCCACAUCCUUGGCUUCAAGUUCAAAUUCUACCAGGAGCCCAACGAGGAAACUCCUAAGUCACUUUAUCACAUUGCUGCUGCUCUGCUUCACCACAACCUAAUAGAGCUGGAAGAUCUCUACGCACAUCUCAUGCCACUGGAUGUCACCAUCGUAGAAGAACACAAACAAGAGAUUUCGGAGGCCAAGCAGAUUGCCCGCAAGCUGAUCAUGGUUGUGGUGCCAUCAGAGAAAAGUGAAGACAAGGAAAAAGACAAAGAGAAGGAUGAAGAGAAGAAUGAGAAGCCACCUGAUAACCAGAAGCUUGGUCUGUUGGAAGCACUGCUCAGGAUUGGAGACUGGCACCAUGCCCAGAGUAUUAUGGACCAGAUGCCUUCCUUCUAUGCCACUUCUCACAAGGCCAUCGCACUGGCCCUCUGCCAGCUGGUGCACCUGACUGUGGAGCCUCUGUACCGAAGAGCCGGUGUCCCAAAGGGGGCUCGAGGCUGUGUGAUGCGUCCGCUGAGGAACAAAAGGGCACCUCGGCCUGCAGAGAGCUUUGAGGACCUACGCAGGGACACGUUCAGCAUGCUCUGCUACCUGGGCCCUCACCUCUCCCAUGACCCCAUCCUCUUUGCCAAGAUCGUGCGUCUAGGCAAGGGCUUCAUGAAAGAGUACCAAAGUGAUGGUCGAGCUGAUGGUAAAGACAAAAUGGAAACACUGCUGAGUUGUUUCCUGAGCAUUGCCGACCAGGUGCUACUCCCCUCUCUCUCUCUGAUGGAGUGCAAUGCUUGCAUGUCUGAAGAACUGUGGGGUCUCUUCAAACUCUUCCCCUACCAGCACAGGUACCGGUUAUAUGGGCAGUGGAAGAACGAGACGUAUUCCAGCCACCCGCUGUUGGUGAAGGUCAAAGCUCAAACUGUGGACAGGGCCAAAUACAUUAUGAAGCGUUUGACCAAAGAGAAUGUGAAACCAUCUGGAAGGCAGAUUGGCAAGCUGAGCCAUAGCAAUCCUACCAUCCUUUUUGAUUAUAUUCUGUCUCAAAUUCAGUGGUACGACAACCUCAUCGGUCCAGUGGUGGACUCCUUGAAAUACCUCACAUCCCUCAACUAUGACGUCUUGGCCUAUUGCAUCAUUGAGGCUCUGGCCAACCCUGAGAAGGAGAAGAUGAAGCAUGACGACACCACCAUCUCCUCCUGGCUUCAAAGCCUGGCAAGUCUAUGUGGAGCUGUGUUCAGAAAAUACCCGAUUGAGUUGGCUGGCCUCCUUCAGUAUGUGACCAAUCAGCUGAAAGCAGGAAAAAGUUUUGACCUGCUGAUCCUGAAAGAGGUGGUGCAGAAAAUGGCGGGCAUUGAGAUCACAGAUGAGAUGACCUCAGAGCAGUUGGAGGCCAUGACAGGAGGGGAGCAACUCAAAGCUGAGGGCGGCUACUUCGGCCAGAUUCGAAACACUAAGAAAUCGUCUCAGCGUCUGAAAGAUGCACUGCUGGACCAUGAAUUGGCUCUGCCGCUGUGUCUCCUAAUGGCCCAGCAACGCAACGGUGUAGUUUUCUUAGAGGGUGGAGAGAAACACCUCAAACUAGUCGGCAAGCUCUAUGACCAGUGUCAUGACACAUUAGUGCAGUUUGGUGGUUUUCUGGCCUCCAACCUGAGCACAGAAGACUACAUCAAACGAGUUCCUUCUAUUGAUGUCCUCUGUAACCAGUUCCACACACCACAUGAUGCUGCCUUCUUCCUCUCUCGGCCCAUGUAUGCCCAUCAAAUUCUGUCCAAGUACGACGAGCUGAAGAAAGCUGAGAAAGGCAACCGACAGCAGCAGAAGGUACACAAGUACGUGGCAGCCUGUGAGCAGGUGAUGUCACCGGUGCAUGAGGCCGUGGUGUCCCUCCAUCCGCCCAGGGUGUGGGAUGACCUCCGCCCUCAGUUCUACGCCACCUUCUGGUCCCUCACCAUGUACGACCUGGCUGUGCCACACGCUGCGUACGAGCGUGAGGUCAACAAGCUCAAGGCCCAGAUCAAGGCCAUCGAGGAGAACCCAGAGAUACCUUUAAAUAAGAAAAAGAAAGAGAAAGAGCGCUGCACAGCCCUGCAGGACAAGCUUCAGGAGGAGGAGAAGAAGCAGCUGGAACACGUCCAGAGGGUCCUGCACCGCCUCAAACUGGAGAAAGACAACUGGUUGUUGGCCAGAUCCACAAAGAACGAGACCAUAACAAAGUUCCUGCAGCUCUGUCUCUUCCCUCGUUGCAUCUUCUCUGCCAUCGAUGCUGUGUACUGUGCCCGCUUUGUGGAGCUUGUCCACCAGCAAAAGACACCCAACUUCUGCACCCUGCUGUGCUAUGACAGGGUGUUCUCUGCCAUUAUUUACACGGUGGCCAGCUGCACGGAGAAUGAAUCUCGCCGCUACGGACGCUUCCUCUGCUGCAUGCUAGAGACAGUGACCCGCUGGCACAGCGACCGCGCAAUCUAUGAGAAGGUGUCCACCCAUCUCUGUUCUCUACACUGCGAGUGCGGCAAUUACCCCGGCUUCCUGACUAUCUUCAGAGCCACAGGCUUUGAUGGAGGAAACAAAGCAGAUCAGCUGGAUUAUGAGAACUUCAGGCAUGUGGUGCACAAAUGGCACUACAUGCUGACAAAAGCUUCAGUUCACUGCCUGGAGACGGGAGAGUACACCCACAUCCGGAACAUCCUCAUCGUGCUCACCAAGAUCCUGCCCUGCUACCCCAAGGUCCUGAACCUGGGCCAGGCGCUAGAGUGCCGCGUCCACAAGAUCUGUCUGGAGGAGAAGGAGAAGAGGCCAGACCUCUAUGCCUUAGCAAUGGGUUAUUCAGGUCAGUUGAAAAGCCGGAAGGUCCACAUGGUUCCCGAGAAUGAAUUUCAUCAUAAGGAGCAGCCAGUGCGCAGUGCCACCCCUGCCAAUCAACAGAACGGGCCUGGCAGCACAGGAAAGCCUGCCACCAGCACAAGCAAGACAGAGGAGGGGCCAUCCGAGGAUGGGGAUCGGGGCAAGGACAAAUCUCAGGGGACUGCAAAGCCAGUGAACAAAGCCAACAGUGCAGCGGCCAAAGUGACCACCAGCAAUGGAAAUGCUGCUCUUAACAGCACCAAAGCUGUUAAAGAACGGGACGACAAAGAGAAGAGUGGGAAGGAGAAAAAAGAGAAAAAGGAAAAGACGCCAGGCAGCACUCCAGAGACAAAAGGGGAGAACCGUCGGGAGAAGCAGAGGGAUGAGAGAGCAGGAAAGGAGGAGCGGGCGGCACGCGAGGGUAAGGAGAAGACGCCCAAGGCAGACCGGGAGAAGCUCAAGGCCGAGGAGAAGAGUGGCAAAGAGGACAAGGCCAAAGCCGGCAACGGGGAGUCCAAGGAACCGUCCAGGGAGCGUGACGCCAUCAAGGAGUCCAAGACCAAGGAGAAGGGAGACAGGAGCGCUGUGGUCGGGUCCCUCAAAUCACCAGUUCCCAGAUCAGAGUCUGCUGAAUCUGAGAGGGAUCACAAAAGACGAAAGCUCGACAGUCACUCUUCACCGUCCCACUCCUCAUCUGUUAAGGACAAUAGCAACGAACCCAAGGAUUCUGCAUCCAAGCACCACAUCAACUACAAUUCAGUUGACCGGUCCAAGAGCAGAGAGAGGGAGAUGGACAAGAAAGACUUAGAGAACACACAAGGCCGAUCCAAAGAGAAGAAGGAAGAGAAGGAUCGCAAAGACAGGAAGAGGGACCACACUGUCACCGAACGUGAGAUGAGCCAAGAAUCCAAACGCAGAAAGGACGAGAAUGGAACCAACUCCUCCAAAAACAGCAAGAGCACCAGUCCUUCCUCUGACUCGCCGCUCUCAGCUGAAAAAGAGAAGAGCAAGAGAUCCAAAUCUUCCAGCAAAGAGAAGGGCGAGUCUGUGAAACCUGAGAGAACUUCCUCUGGAGGCAAAAAGGAGUCCAGACAUGAUAAAGAGAAAUCCGACAAGAAAGAGAAGAGGGACAGCAGUGGCGGGAAGGAAGAAAAAAAACAUCAUAAAUCCUCUGACAAGCACAGAUAAUGUGCAAUAAAUCAGUGAAGCAGAACUGGAGAAGCUGUGCUUUUACCUGCAAGACAACUGUAACCCUGUCUGUACCAUGUUGUUAACUAGUACUCUCAUUUCUGCCUGUGUUGUUUUUCGGUAUACUGCCCGCAAAGUGAUGUUAGUUGUAGUAUUUCAACUUUCAGAUCACCUCUUUAUAUUUCAUUUCAAUGUUGUUGUUGUUUUUUUUUUUUAUCAGUAAACCAGCUGAAAGUUUUUGUUUUGAUUUGGUUUUCAUUUUUAUUUUUACUCUUCGGUAUGGGCACAAUGUGCUGUUCAAAUCACAAAAAAAUGUUAUUCUACUCAGAAAAGUGGUUACUGUAUUAAAGGGUCUCUUGGUAGCACCUGACAUGGAUUCAAUAAUCUCAUGCUUGACUUUUUUGUAUUUUUUAUGUGAUCAGGCUUUGCUUUUGCUUGUUUUAUUGGAGUUAACAUGCUUUCCAUAUUCACUUACCUCAUAUCCUUUAGAAAUACUUUAUUUAUUUCUCUCUACCUUUUAAUCCAAUUAAGAAUUUAGACAUAGCUCAGUAAAAUGAUACAAAGGACCAGUUUGUAUAUUAUGUGUACAAUAAUAAAGAGGGUAACAUGAAAUUCACGUCAUGUUAGUUCUUUCCUUUUUUCUCUUUUUUUUUUAAUGUCCCUUACAAUGUCCUUUUUUGUGAUUUUUUUUUUUUUUUUGUGUGUGUGUUAUCAGGUUUUUACAUAAUUUAUAAAAAAUGCCAAUUCACCUUGAUGCAAAUAUAGAAUUGUAAAGAAAAAUCAAGGCAAAAAAAGUUCUAAGCUCUGUUCUCCAAAUACAACUGUUUCGAAAUGACUUUUUGGAGUUUUUAUCUGCUGUACUCAACGAGUGUAUGCUUUUUUUAAAAACCAAUAAAUAAUAGUUUUCCUAGUGUGUCACUUUGA